AUGUCUGAUCCCCAGAAUUCCAAUAUCAAAAGUAGAAACACUCCACAAUGGGCACUCUAUCAACGAGAAAUGUUUUGGAAGGACAACACUGGAGAAGUCCCUCCAUUUAGCACAGAUCCAGGAGAUCUGGAAGAUUUGGCAAAAGAAUCUUUAACAAAGGGCGGAUGGUAUUACGCUUCCUGUAACGCAGGCCAGUCUUACACUCAUCUUGCGAACCGCCAGGCGUUCUACCGCCACCGGAUUGUCCCUCGAAUGCUCGUCGAUACAAACAAUCGCGAUACGAAGACGGAAAUAUUUGGCCACAAGGUCAGCGCACCAAUCGGAUUCGCACCGAUCGGCAUCAACAAGAUAUACAAUCCAUUGGCUGAGUUGCCCGUUGCUAAGGUUGCAAAAGAAUUGAAUUUGCCAUAUUGUUUAUCAACCGCAGGGUCGACCUCGAUUGAAGAUGUAGGAGCUGCGAACGGUGCUGGGCCACGAUUUUUUCAAUUAUAUAUGCCGCAUGAUGAUGAGUUGACCUUGAGCUUGUUACAAAGAGCACAUGAUAGUGGCUUCACAGCCUGUAUCUUGACAUUGGAUACAUGGCAAUUGGCCUGGAGACACCGUGACGCUGCGAAUUCGAAUUAUGCUUUCUAUCACGGCGUAGGGGCUGAUUUGGGACUGUCUGAUCCCGUUUUCCAAAAGCGAUUGAAAGAAGCUGGUAUCGAUCCAAAAAAGCAACCGAAUGAGGCUGGCGCGAUGUGGAUCGAUAAUGUUUGGCAUGGACGUGCUUGGUCCUGGGAUAAAAUGCCUUGGCUCAUGGAGCAAUGGAAAAGAAUCAGUGGUGGCAAACCUUUUUGUCUGAAGGGUAUUCAGCAUGUUGCAGACGCAAGAAAGGCUGUUCAGCUUGGCGUUGAUGGUAUAGUAGUGUCUAAUCAUGCUGGGAGACAGGUCGAUGGAGCUUGUGCAAGUUUAGAUGCAUUGGAAAAGAUUGUUCAUGCUGUAGGUGAUAAGACUUAUAUUAUGUUCGACUCCGGAGUUCGUGGGGCAGCUGAUGUAUUCAAAGCCUUAGCUCUUGGAGCUAAAUUCGUCUUCGUCGGAAGAUUAUGGGUUUGGGGAUUAAGUAUCAAGGGUGAAUUGGGUGUUCGACAUGUCAUGAAGUCUCUCUUAGCCGACUUCGAUAUCUUAAUGAAUGUAUCCGGGUACCAGAGUGUGGAUCAGAUCGAUAGGGAUAGCAUUGAGAGUCUCCCGAAUUCUGCAUUAAAGGAGAUUUCGCAGCACAGCAUUCCUUCAGAUUUAUGGGUUGUGGUAAAUGAUACAGUUUAUGAUUUGACAGACUUUGCCCCCGAACACCCUGGGGGCGUCAGCAUAAUUAUGCAAUAUGCUGGCCGUGAUGCUUCAAAAGCCUACUCUGAAAUCCAUGCAUCCUCCUUGAUAUCAUCCUCACUUCCAGCCUCGAAAGUCUUAGGAACAGUUGAUUCCUCUACUAUAACGGAAGAAUGGAUCAGACCUCCGCCUGAAGUUUCAAAGACUCUAGCUCCUGGCUCUAAGCCUUCUCUUGAUAAUUUGAUAAACACGCACGAUUUUGUAACUGCUGCGAAGUCAUUUCUUACACCAAAAACUUGGGCAUUUUAUUCUUCUGCCGCUACAGAUCUUGUAACCAAAGGCCGGAAUUCUUCCACAUAUGCAAAUAUUAGUCUUCGUCCUAGAAUACUGAGAAAUGUCAAAGAUGUUAGCACAAGGACUACGAUGCUUGGUAAUCAGAUGGAAGUGCCAAUAUUCUGCUCACCAGCAGCAAUGGCAAAACUGGUACAUCCACAAGGUGAGCGGGAGCUAGCUCGGGGGCUGAAAUCUGCGGGAUCGGCAAUGACCGUCAGUACAAACGCUAGCUUUCCAAUUGCGGAGAUAUUUGAGGCCGCGUCUGAAGACCAUCCGCAGACUUCCGAUGGGAGGAAAGAGCUUCCCAUAUUUUUUCAGCUUUACGUUGACAAGGAAAGAAAUAAAUCCGAAAAGCUUCUACAAGAUGUGGAAAAACUUGGUGUCAAGGCAAUAUUUGUGACUGUUGAUGCACCAGUCCCUGGAAAGCGAGAAGCGGAUGAAAGAGUAAAGGCAGAUGAGAGUUUGUCUACACCAAUGAGUGGUGCAAAAGCUAAGAACGAUAAGAAAGGCGGUGCUUUGGGGAGAAUAAUGGGGGCUUAUAUUGAUGCUACACUUUCAUGGUCAGAUAUCGCCUGGCUGCGAAGAUGUACGAAACUCCCUAUCUUACUGAAAGGUGUACAAACCUCGCUCGAUGCAAAGAUGGCGCUCGACUAUGGAAUAGAUGGGAUAUUGAUAAGUAAUCAUGGUGGUAGGAGUCUGGACACAAGUCCAGCUUCGAUACUGGUUUUGUUAGAAUUGCAGAAGAAUGCACCCGAAGUUUUCGACGGAAUGGAAGUUUUCAUUGAUGGUGGCAUUAUGAGAGGAACUGAUAUAUUUAAAGCAUUGUGCCUAGGAGCUAAAGCUGUAGGAAUCGGUCGGGGCUUUUUGUUUGCUCUUGGCUGGGGCCACGAGGGCGUAGAGAAAUACAUCGAGAUCCUGAAAGACGAGUUGGAGACAACAAUGAGAAUGAUGGGCAUUACGGACUUGUCACAAGUACACCCUGGCAUGCUGAAUACAAGAGCAGUAGAUCAUCUGAUUCCAGACGGAGAGGAGGAUCAUCCAUAUGCAAAAUGGAGACCGAAAGCAAGAAUAUAA